CGUCACGUCUGCAGCUGUCUCUGUUGUAGGCGGCGCGCCUACUCAUUGGUACUUUAUUAAAAAAAAAAAAAAAGUUUAAUUUUAAGCGGCGGACUUUGGGUUCGGUUUGGAGAUAUCAUAUUAGCAGGUGGAACACAAGAGUAAUCCCUUAAUACGCUCAAGAAAAGAUGGCAUCACACCCCAAACGAUCUCGCUGCUGUUCUCUGAACCAAAGUUACGAGAAACGAGCUAAGAAAAUUUCCAUCGAAGGGAACAUCGCUGCAGGAAAGUCUACAUUUGUUCAUCUGCUGAAACAACAGAAUGAAGAUUGGGAGGUAGUUCCUGAACCCAUUGCACGGUGGUGCAAUGUUCAAAGUGAUCUCAAUGAAUGCGAGGAGCUGACGUCUUCCCAGAAAAGUGGUGGAAAUGUUCUUGAAAUGAUGUAUGACAAACCAGAAAGAUGGGCCUAUACAUUUCAGUCAUAUGCCUGCUUGAGCAGAAUCCGUGCUCAGCUGAGAUCACUAACUGAAAAGAUGAAAGACAGUGAAAACCCUGUCCAGUUUUUUGAAAGAUCAGUCUACAGUGACAGAUACGUAUUUGCUUCAAAUUUAUACGAAUCUGAUUGUAUUAAUGAAGUUGAAUGGUCAAUUUACAAAGACUGGCAUGAAUGGCUUCAUGGACAAUUUGGAAAAGACAUUCAGCUUGAUGGAAUUAUUUAUCUCCGAGCAACACCUGAGAAAUGCAUGGAAAGACUUUUGUUAAGAGGCAGAAAGGAAGAACAAGAGAUUCCAAUGGAAUAUUUGCAAAAUUUGCACUUCAAGCAUGAGAACUGGCUUCAGAAUAAAACAAUGUGUGUGGAUUUUGAGUACCUGAAUGAAGUUCCUGUUUUGACUUUGGAUGUAAAUGAAGACUUCAAAAGUGAUCAAGAGAAAUGUUACCACUUAUUUGAAAAGGUGAAGGAGUUCAUCAGUUCUUUGUAACUUGGUUGACAAAGUGAACAAAGAGAUUUGGUCCUUAACAUUUUAUACAGGAGUACAUUGUAUAUGGUAUAAUGAGAAGUGUGUAAUGUUCUUGAAAGUAUUAUAUUUUUAUUAUAUAUUUAAGUUAUGACCCCCAUCUUUUUAUUUGUGUGUACUAUACAGGUUAUAGGUUAAAAGAAUAAAUAUUUUUUAUAUGUGUCUGAAAGACUCUAUGAUUGCUAAAGUAUGUGACAUAUUUGACAUGGCUAUAAUAAAUUAAAAACAUUUUUUCUUUUUAAAGCUUUCAUAUUACAUAUUGCACCAGCAAACAUUAAUAAACAU